AACAGACAUACCCCAAACAAAGUAAAGAAAGAAGCUAUAGGACAAUGCUGAUACCUAUUAGGAUUUUAAGCUUACUAGUACUUCUAAUCUUAAUUGCUCAACAUCUCCCAAACACUAAUUCUUACCAAGGCGGAAAAUUUGCAACCAAAAGAUGCAAUUCAGCACCAAAAAGAGAGACCUUGGCAAAUAAUGGUGGAGAAAAUGAAGCAGCUGUGAUAAGAGGAAACAAAAGGACCAGACCCCAAAUGGCAUAUGCAGAGAAAUUCACCAAAGAAAAAAAUAAUAUUGUAGCAAGCAAGCAAGAAAUGGUGGAUUUAAAUGUAAAAGGUGAACAAAUUAUGAGCAGACGUCCACUCACCCACCAAGAUAAUGCUGGAUAUGUUGCAUUUACAGCAGAUUAUAAAUCACCUAGGCACCACCCACCAAGGCACAAUUGAGAACACUACUAGAAAAUCACUAAUUUUGGACGUUUUGUCAGGAUUUGACUCGCCGCCGCGAAAAAGCCAUCGCAAAUGUUACGACGAGUCAAAUUCCGUCGGAAAUUGCUGUUGAAAAUUAGUGAUUUUCUGGUAAUGGAAUGAGAAGUACCAAUCAAAUAUCGAUGGUUAAGUACUUUUGCAUCUUAUUUAUCUUAGUCUUCACUUUACUAUAUAUCUUUUUCCUUGUAACUUUGUAUUAUAAGGUUAAUUUUAAGUAUGUAUGGUUACUGAACUUUAUCGACCGUGAAAUUAAUG